AUGCUGAACGUGGUGGAGGAGGACGUAAUGGAGGAGGAGGGUACGGUAGAGGCGGUGGUGGCGCUUGUGGAGGCGGUAAGGGAGGAGCUCGUGGGGGCGUUGGCGCCGCUAGUGGUGGCUGUGGUGGUUGCGGUGGUGGCGGUGGCGGUGGUCACGCUGGCGGCGGUGGCGGUGGUCACGCUGGCGGCGGCGCCGCGGGCUGCUGCGGUGGUGGCGGUGCCGCCGGUGGCUUUGGUGGCGGUGGCGGGGGCGCUGCUGGCGGCUGUGGCGGUGGCGGAGGUGCCGCCGCCGGUGGCUUUGGUGGCGGCGGCGGUGGCGCUGCUGGCGGCUGUGGCGGUGGCGGAGGUGCCGCCGCGGGUGGCUUUGGUGGCGGCGGCGGCGGCGGCGGCGGUGCUGCUGGCGGCUGUGGCGGUGGCGGAGGCGCCGCCGCAGGUGGCUUUGGUGGCGGCGGCGGCGGCGCUGCUGGCGGCUGUGGCGGUGGCGGAGGAGCCGCCACCGCUGGCUGCAGCGGCUGCAGUGAGUGCGGCGGCGGUAGUCGUACCGGCGGUGGGGCAGGUGGCGGCUGCGGCAGUGGCAUGA